GCAAGACCCUCAUCUGAAAAAUCUGAUGUCAUCUUGCCGGCAAUAUUUUCCUCUCUGUCUGUAUAUUCAGUUGCAAUUGUAUAUUCAUAUUCCACUGCAACACAAACCGCGCGUGUUAAUGGUGAAGGGUGUAGAUUGUGUGUGCCGUUCGUUCUGUGUGCAUCAUGCAUCUCAAUGGAGCAAGCAGCAGCUGAUCUAGACGGCUUGUUUUGCUGGAUGAAGGUGGACGCUUAGGACACAACAGGUUAUUGGCAUUUGUUUAAAGAAGAGAAAUACGAUGUCUGCGAGGGAAAGACUGAAAGAGAGGAUGAUAAAAGAGAGCGUGACACUGCUGCCAUGCUUUUAUUUCGUGGAGCUUCCACUCCUGGUCUCAUCUAUGGUCAGCGUGUAUUUUCUGGAGUGGACGGAUAUAUUCAAACCGGUCCGCUGGGGUUUCAGCUGUCACGACCGCAGUCUGAGUCUGCCUUAUAUCGAACCCACGCAUGAGGUCAUUCCCUUCCUCAUGCUCCUCAGCCUCGCUUUCGCAGCUCCUGCUAUUACGAUCAUGAUCGGAGAGGGGAUUCUGUUCUGCUGUCUGUCCCGAGCGCACUGCAGAGGAGGAGCUGAAGCUGACAUCAACGCUGCCGGCUGCAACUUUAACUCUUUCGUCCGACGAGGUGUCAGGUUUGUGGGCGUUCAUGUGUUUGGCUUAUGCGCCACGGCUUUGAUUACCGACAUCAUCCAGUUGUCGACAGGUUACCCCGCCCCCUACUUCCUGACUGUCUGCAAGCCCAACUACACUCACCUCAAUACCUCCUGUGAUGACAGCUUCUUCAUCCUGGAGGACAUCUGCUCAGGAUCUGAUGCCGCUAUCAUCAACGCCGGCAGAAAAUCCUUCCCGUCACAGCAUGCAACGCUGGCAUCCUUUGCUGCUGUGUAUGUCUCGAUGUAUUUCAACAGCACACUAACAGACUCAUCCAAACUGCUGAAGCCUCUUCUAGUGUUCUCCUUCAUCAUCUGUGCCAUCAUAUGUGGUCUAACCCGUAUUAUUCAGCACAAGAACCAUGCUGUUGACGUUUACCUGGGCUUCCUUCUUGGAGGGGGCAUCGCUGUUUACCUAGGUUUGUUUGCUGUAGGAAACUUCCAACCGAGCAAACAGAAACAUACAAGUCAGAUUCACGUUCAGGAUUCUCAUCGAACUAUGGCUGACCUUUGCCAGCAAGGUCACCACCUACCUGCCAAGAGUUGCAGUGGCAGCGAUGGCCUCUCAUCUUCAUGCUCCGAGGGUAUACUGCGUCGCAACACCAAAUACCACCAGGCUGGAUCUCUUAGCAGCCUGAAAAGACCAAGUGGAGAUGUGGAUGUCAUCACCUGCAGUCCUCCACACAAGGAGAACAUGGUGACCUUCAAUACCUUGCCCAGAGUGCACACACCUGCCAUGGAUGAGUCUGCCUUCCGCAACGCCACCAUCCACACCUCCUCAGUAGAUUCGAGUCGAUCGAAGCAGCUGCUGAUGCAAUGGAAGAGUAGGAACGAGAACCAUAAACACUCCCUGCAUGCCAUGGAAGGCGGACCAGGACUGUCUCCUCCAAACAGCAUGGAAAUCCGCUGCAAUUCUGAACCUUCAGCUGUGGGAAUCAAUGGUGAACAUCAGGGACCUGGAACCCCUUACCUAAAAAUGGCCACUGGAAGUACAACACUACCAAGCAACCCCAGUGGAAUUGCUGGCGCUGCUCGGAUAACCAUCCAGUCUCGACCUGGUUCCUCGCAGUUGGUGCACAUCCCAGAGGAGACACAGGAGAACAUGGGUGGCUUGACAAAUAGUAGUAACAUCCGUGAAAAAUGGCUUAAAAGCAUGGAGAGGACUGCGGAGAAUGGUGGGGAGGUACCAAUUGUUAGGACUAACUCUAAUGGCCAGCCACGCAUAAUGCAGGUCAUUGCAAUGUCCAAACAGCAAGGUCUCCUGCAGGGAAGCUCUCCCAGUUCUGAGAGCAGCAGCCACACCAGCUCCACAGCACCACUGCAGCGCUACAACACUCUAACUGAGGAGUCUGGAGGUCAAGGCAGCACUGGAGCCAUCAUUCGGGUGGAAGCCCAUCCAGAGAAUGGCCGACCCAUGGUGCAUGCGCACUCCAUAGAUGGAAGUGGCUCCUGGACAUGGAAGUCCCAAAGCAGCUUUAGACAUUCAUUUGAGCUCAACGACUUGAAUCAGGACUCCGAGAGCUCAGAAUCCGUGAGGGAUGGGAACAGUUCAAUGGACAGAAAAAAGAAUGGCUCUAACGCUCCUAAAGUCGUCGCAGUGCCGACUGUCCCUACUGUAUCUACAGCAGGUGGAGACCAACAUCCCAACCAGACCAUUUCCACCAUCCGGGUCACUCCCAUGGAAAUGACAGAAUCUGGUCCUGAGAGUAGCGAUUCAAGCUUGCGCAGAAAAACCAGGAUCCUCAUCCCUGAAAGAGGAAACAGUCCAGACAAUACCAGGAAUAUUUUUUACAAGGGAACAUCCACCACCCCAUUUUUCAAAGAGUAGUCAGUAAUUAUCUAAACAAAAACAAAAACAAAAAAUGAAGAAACCAGAAGAGGUUGGGUGUUACAUAGACACAUACGCUAUGUUUUACACAUCUCCGAUGGCAUCGCUUGUUAUGCAUGAGAUGAUUCACUGACUUAAAAUUAUAUGACAAGUAAGAAAAGCACAAAAUCCAGGUUUUGGUCAUAGUUCAUUUACUUUUGUGAAAAUGACAUUGUAAACAUAUGACAGUAUAUCACAUGGAAAUGGUCUUACCUUUAGUGAAACACUGUGAAGCUGGAACUAUGACUGUGCCAAGACUGAACUGCAACACUGUAUUUAAGUAUUUAACAUCUCAGAUAUCUUAAAAGAUUUUCCAUAUAGUCAUAAUUUCACUUAUUCAUACACUAAUAACUAUGCUAGCUGAAACCUUUAUUUUUGUAUUCUGUAAAUAACUUUUAAACUUGGUGCUGCCCAAUUCCGAGAACAUUAUGUAAAAAACAUCAAGUUAAGAAAAAAUUAUAAUAAUUACUCAUCAUUUUAAAUUUCUUAUGACCAUAAGUGCUUAGGAUAUUCUCUGUAGCAAAUGAUAGUCAUAAAACAACACGCACUUCACGUUACUACUUGCAAUACAAAUACUUUACGUACCGUAUGUGCUGUAUCUGUAGGAAUUUGUAAAUAAAAUGUACAUUCAUGCACAUUUUAAUACACAUAAAAGGAUUGUGUUUUAGAAAUACAAUGAUAUAGUAUGUUUCAGUAUCUAAAAGAGAAAAAUAAAAUAUGACUACACUUUACGUACAAAUACCAACAAAUACUUAUGAGAUUUGUUACGUCUAUUUAAAACUAUUAUUAUCAAGGAAAAAAAACAUUAUUAUUGCACCUAAUGUCUAUCUUGCACUAUUUGCAAACAUAAUUAAUUUACUGGUUUCCUACAGAUAAUUCUGAUUUGAUUUCAGUUAUUUUAAUAAGGUUAGCUGCAUUAGUAGCAAAACGAUAUUCCAUGUUUCCUAAUUGUGGUUAUACCACUGUGAGCUCCAGCUUUUUAGGCCAAAUAGUCAUAUUAAAUGUAUUAUAUACUUUUGUGUAGCCACACACACACACACACAUGCACGCACACACAAAAUCAAUAUAAAUCAAUAAAUACAAUUACAACGGCUUUACUGUUCACAAAGAGAUUAAAAACUACAGCAGUUAGUUCCAUGUUAAUUUACUGUGUAACUUUUUAUAAACUGUAAAUUAAUGUGCCAAAGGGUAUUUUAAAGGGAAGAUUCUGUUUUGAAACAUUUCUAUAGAAGUCUGUAUUCUUAUAAACCACAAAGUCUUUUAGCACAGCCUUAGCCAGUGCAUGUUAGUUUGAUAUUUCACAUUUAUUUUUGGUUUCCUUUUUGUAAAUUAUGCCUUUGUGUAGCAGCUGCAUAUGUGAUUAUUUAUACAAAAUAUAAAUGACUUGUUGUCAAUCUUUAUAGAUAAUGCCACACCAGAAUAUAUUGUAUGUUAUCUCUAACAUGUCAAGAGAUUGUUUGGAUACCCGUAAAUGUGCGCUAAUGAUUUUAGAAAUGCAUUAAGCAUGCUGGUAGCAGUGUGUGUGUUAUCUGAGGAACGUUUUACUCUGUAGCACUCUGUAACUGUCAUUGACACAUUGAAGUGCAGUUCAGUUUAGAUAAGAAUAAAUCCAGUCGAACCUGUUACAGUGAUGUUAAGAGUUAAUAUUACGGUGACCUGACUCAAAAAAAAAAAGUCAAACUUUGUUAUUUAUGUACGUAACCUCUGAGAAUACAGUUUGUUUCUAUCGUUACAUGGCUAUGUUUUACUCCAGUAACUGGGUAGAUGAAAAAAUAAAGUGCUGUAUCAGUGUUUGAAUAAACAUUUGCUAUUUAAAA